AUGACUUCCAAGUUCACCGAAAUCUUGGAGCCUUCCGAGGCCCCAACAUACACCCACCCUCACCUCAACGUCUCUCUCGAAGACGUCUUGGCAGAGGAAGGUCGCAAGCGAUCUGGUUCGCAUUCCUCCUCCAGCUCCCACUCUAGCAACUCCCGGACGGGAAGCGAUGCGGCUCCCAAGUCUCCCACAUCAUCAGAGGAGAGCGUCAAGGACGGUCUCAAGAGGAGAUUCACCUUCGGUCGCAACAAAGCUCGCCGGUCCACCAAGGGUUUGUUUGAGAAGCGAGUUUAA